AUGGAGCCAGCACCCGAGGAGGCCGGACCGGCAUUUAAGCCACACCCCUCCUCCCCACACCCAGACACCGAGCCCUUCCCCGCACUCCAACCUGAGACCGAUACCGAUACCACCCAUGCCAAUUCCGUCGCGACAAACGCUCACGGCCAAAGUGGCCCAGCCCGAAGCUCUGCAUCCUCAUUCUCCACAACAUCCCUCCCCGUCUCCGCCGUAGUGCCUCCCUACUGGCGCCAACACGAGCGCAAUGCCUCGCAUGUCUCGCAGUCAUCGUUGCAUGGCGCUGCGCACAUAACCCUCGAAGACCAUACUGCUGACCCGAACUCUGAGACGAGUCGAGGGCUCUGGGCGAGUAGCGUCACUAUUGAUGAUCAUGUUGUUGUGCAUGGUAUGACUGGUGUUGGGUCGUAUGUGGUGUGGAAUUGUACGGUCCAGACGCUUGAUGUAAGUUUGGAAUCCUGUGGAUGA